CCCCAUGUAGCCGACCGUACGAACUCAGGAACACGCCCAGGAAUAGAAACCGGUUGACGUCGAGCAGCGGACUGCCAUGGCGGCUACCGGAGUUCUUCCCUUCAUCAGGGGGGUAGACCUCAGUGGAAAUGACUUCAAAGGAGGUUAUUUUCCUGAACACGUGAGGUCCAUGACGAGCUUACGAUGGCUGAAGCUCAAUAAAACUGGACUCUGCUAUCUCCCAGAGGAAUUGGCAUCUCUCCAGAAAUUGGAACAUUUGUCAGUAAGCCACAACAGCCUGACAACUUUACAUGGAGAACUGUCUAGCCUACCAUGUCUCAGGGCAAUUGUUGCCCGUGCAAACAACCUGAAGAACUCUGGGGUUCCGGAUGACAUAUUUCAGCUGGAUGACCUCUCUGUGCUGGACUUGAGUUAUAACCAACUUACGGAGGUUCCCCGAGACCUUGAGCACUCGAAGAACAUGCUCGUUCUCAACCUUAGUCACAACAGCAUUGACAACAUACCAAAUCAGCUAUUCAUCAACCUCACGGAUUUGCUGUUUUUGGACAUGAGCGACAACAAGCUGGAGAGCCUGCCGCCCCAAAUGAGACGGCUGGUCCACUUACAAACUUUAAUACUUAACAAUAACCCGCUCAUGCACGCCCAGCUGAGACAACUUCCAGCCAUGGUAGCGCUACAAACCCUUCAUCUGAGAAAUACCCAGCGCACCCAAAGCAAUAUGCCGACGAGCCUGGAGGGUCUCACCAAUCUCGCUGAUGUGGACCUGUCCGGCAAUGAUCUAAACCGAGUACCAGAGUGCCUUUACACGCUGUCCAACCUCAAGCGCCUCAACCUAAGCAGCAAUCAGAUUUCUGAGCUGUCCCUGUGCAUUGACCAGUGGACACAGAUGGAGACCCUUAACCUCUCCAGGAACCAGCUUACAUCUCUCCCUUCCGCUAUCUGCAAGCUGGCCAAGCUGAAGAAGUUGUAUUUGAAUUCAAACAAGCUUGAUUUUGAUGGAAUCCCAUCAGGGAUUGGGAAGCUGUGCAGUCUGGUGGAAUUCAUGGCAGCCAAUAAUAAUCUCGAGCUGAUUCCAGAAGGACUGUGCAGAUGUGGGAAGCUGAAGAAACUGGUGAUUAAUAAAAAUCGUCUCGUCACAUUACCAGAAGCCAUCCAUUUCCUCACAGACCUUGAGGUCCUUGAUGUCAGAGAAAAUCCAAAUCUGGUGAUGCCGCCAAAACCGUUAGACAGGACGGCCGAGUGGUACAACAUCGACUUCUCCCUGCAAAACCAGCUCCGACUGGCUGGUGCGUCUCCGGCUACGGUGGCUGCGGCUGGCGGGGGGAACAGCCCCAGAGACCCACUAGCCAGGAAGAUGAGGCUGAGAAUACGGAAGGAUUCUGUCCAGGAUGACCAGGCGAAGCAGGUGCUGAAGGGCAUGUCGGACGUGGCCCAAGAGAAGAACAAAUCCAUCGAGGACGACAGCAGUGCAAAAUAUUCAGACUCAAAGGGGCGACGCUGGGAUAAGAAUCUGGAAAAACCCCACCUGGACUAUUCCGAGUUUUUCUUGGAGGACGUGGGCCAGAUUCCUGGCAUCACUGUGUGGCAGAUUGAGAACUUUGUGCCCAUUCAGGUUGAUGAGGCUUUUAUCGGGAAGUUCUAUGAGGCUGACUGCUACAUUGUGCUGAAGACCUACCUGGAUGACAAUGGCGCCUUGAACUGGCACAUCUUCUACUGGAUCGGCCAGGAAGCCACGCUUGACAAGAAAGCGUGUUCGGCCAUCCAUGCGGUCAACUUGCGCAACUACUUGGGUGCCGAAUGCAGGACCGUGCGGGAGGAGAUGGGUGAUGAGAGCGAAGAGUUUACUGCGGUGUUUGACACUGACAUUUCCUACAUCGAGGGGGGCACUGCCAGUGGAUUCUUCACAGUCGAGGAUACCCAGUAUGUUACGAGACUCUUCCGUGUGUAUGGCAAGAAGAACAUCAAGCUGGAGUCCGUCCCCUUGAAGGGUGCUUCCCUGGACCCACGAUUUGUUUUCUUGCUGGACGCUGGUUUGGAGAUAUUCAUAUGGAGAGGACUGAAUGCCACUCUGAGUGGCACCACGAAGGCCAGACUGUUUGCAGAGAAGAUCAACAAGAAUGAACGGAAGGGUAAAGCAGAGAUCACAUUGCUGGUCCAGAAUCAGGAGACUCCAGAGUUCUGGGAGAUACUUGGGGGUCAGCCUGAAGAAAUCAAGAAGCAUGUUCCCGAUGACUUCACACCUUUUCGUUCUAAACUCUAUAAGGUUGGUCUCGGCUUGGGUUAUCUGGAGCUUCCUCAGAUUAACUACAAGCUGUCGGUGGAACACAAACAGAAGCUGAAGUUGGAUGUCCUCCCUGAACGGAGAUUGCUCCAGAGUCUCUUGGAUACAAAGGGAGUGUACAUCCUUGAUUGCUGGUCGGACGUCUUCAUAUGGAUCGGGCGCAAGUCUCCGCGGUUGGUGAGGGCAGCUGCCCUGAAACUGGGCCAGGAGGUAUGCAGCAUGUUACACCGGCCCAAGCACGCCAUGGUAAUGCGGAACCUGGAGGGAACGGAGUGCCAGGUUUUCAAGUCCAGGUUCAAGAACUGGGACGAUGUGCUGAAGGUCGACUACACAAGGAACGCAGACAUGGUGCUGAAGAAUGAGGGUCUGACUGGAAAGGUGAAGAAGGACAUGGCUCAGAAGAACCAGAUGAAGGCCGACCUAACGGCCCUGUUCCUGCCACGACAGCCCCCCAUGCCCCUCACAGAGGCAGAGCAGAUGAUGGAGGAGUGGAAUAUGGACCUGGAUGGAAUGGAGGGCUUUGUUUUGGAAGGAAAGAAGUUUGCACGUCUUCCAGAGGAGGAAUUUGGGCACUUCUACACUCAGGAUUGUUAUGUAUUCCUCUGCAGGUACUGGGUGCCAGUGGAGUACGAGGACCAGGAGAAGAAUGGAGAGAAAGGGAAUGAUGAGGCAGAGGAUGAAGACAAACAGCCGGAGGAGGACUUCCAGUGUGUGGUCUAUUUCUGGCAGGGCCGUGAGGCCUCCAACAUGGGCUGGCUCACAUUCACCUUCAGCCUGCAGAAGAAGUUUGAGAGCCUCUUCCCCGGUAAACUGGAGGUCGUGCGGAUGACUCAGCAGCAGGAGAACCUCAAGUUUCUGUCUCACUUCAAGAGGAAGUUCAUCAUCCACAGAGGAAAGAGAAAGCUGAAGGAUGACAACAUCCAGCCCAGCUUGUACCACAUCAGGACUAACGGCAGCGCCCUCUGCACCAGGACAAUCCAGAUUGCCACAGACUCCAGCAACCUCAACUCAGAAUUCUGCUUCAUAUUAAAGGUGCCGUUCGAGAGCACAGAUAACCAGGGUAUAGUGUACACAUGGGUGGGCCGAGCUGCGGACCCGGACGAGGCCAAACUGGCGGAGGACAUCAUGAACUGCAUGUUUGACGACAGCUACAGCAAACAGGUGAUCAACGAGGGCGAAGAGCCAGAAAACUUUUUCUGGGUGGGGAUCGGCUCCCAGAAGCCUUAUGACGAAGAUGCCGACUACAUGAAAUACGCCAGGCUCUUCAGGUGCUCAAACGAGAAAGGAUUCUUUGCCGUGUCUGAGAAGUGUUCAGACUUCUGUCAGGAUGACCUCGCAGAUGAUGACAUCAUGCUUCUGGACAACGGACGAGAGGUGUAUAUGUGGGUUGGUACUCAAACCAGUCAGGUGGAGAUUAAACUGAGCCUGAAGGCUUGCCAGGUCUACAUCCAGCAUAUGAGGACCAAGGACUCUGAGAACCCCAGGAAGCUGCGCCUGGUGCGAAAAGGCAAUGAACCUCACUGCUUCACCCGCUGCUUCCAUGCCUGGAGCGCGUUCAAGAAGCCGCCCGCUUAGGCCUCCCGCCCGCUGUCUGCCGCGUAGGUCAGAGGCCGUACAGUCACACACUGCUUUUAUCUGCGUUCUGCCCACUGUAUUUACUUUUAAUGGAGGUCAUUUAAAUGGUUUUCUUUGGUUAGCAUUUUGGGAAUUGUAAUGACUGUAUAUGAGGUUCUGAGGCUGUAAACGUUUAAAUCUUUUUAAAAAGCUAUAUUUCAAUUAGUUUUUUUUUUCCCAAAAGCAGAUCUGCAUAAACAGAGUUCAGGGUGAAAGUCUGCCUUUGUUUGAGCUAAAUAAUGACAGUAUCGCUAAUAGCUAAAAUUUUACUAAUAUUUAUGCACGACUUCACCUCCAUUUUGCUGGUCUCAUAAUUCCACAUGGCUGGAUAUUUGUGCCAAUUUACAUACAAGAUAUUUUACUGCUGUAUCUAGAUUGAAUGUUGGGUUUAAUUAAAUUGCAUCCCAAGAUGAAAAUGUACAUACUGUCAAAAGUGUUGGAAUCAUAGUUACCCAAUAUAAUCUAUAGCAGAGUUUAAGAUAAAUAUCCUGAUAGCACAAUAUGCAGUAAUCUAAUAGCCCUCAUAGAGAUUCUACUUGUGUGAAGUCAGUCCGAUUGUAGGUCUGAGUAUAUCAGGAUACUGUCAUUGAAAAGCUAAUGUUUAUGGGUGAUGCUUAAUGAAACCGUGCCAAUGCAGCCCUGAUGGGUAAACCUGCAACUUUCUUUCAUGAAUGUGCAAACAAUAGAUAGUGCUGUUGGAUUUAUUUUAAGCAGAUCAUCGCCAUUGAGUAGUUUUAGUGUGAGUAACCAGUAUUCUGUCCAGCGAACCGCCUGGUGAACGGUGCAUAGCAGGAGACUAAAAUCAGGUGGAACCCUAUAUAAUUUUUUGUUUACCAGUGAUGGGAUUUUACAUUAGCACACAUUAUCACGCUAUUAGCAUGCAACAUAACGCUGUUGGUAUGUAUACAUUAUGCACAUGUCUGAGUUCCCUGUUGACUCACUGUUAGGUUUCAUUUGUGUGUGUUUAGUACAGUAUUCUUAUAAACACUGAAUGUUGUUCUGUUGCCCCCCCAUCCUUUUAUAAGUCUUUGUUUUUCAUCAGUUUUAACCAUAUUCUUACUACAUUUUCCUUUGGUAGCCUACCAAAGCUGAUUUUGCACCUGAGCAUUACUCGGUAUCCCUGAGAGAUGGUUACUGUAUGGGAUCUGGUUAUUGAGAGAAAUUGUAUUUAUUUUGUACCAAAAUAAAAUGUCACAAUUAUGUU